AGCAACUGACACCAGCACAGAUGUAAUCCUUAAACGCUUAUUCCUCAGCGGGAUUUCCGUAAGGUUUGGUGAAACUCGAUCCAGUGGAUCCAAUUGUAAUCGCGGUUCGGCCCAUUCCUGAUGAGACUAGGGAGUGGGGAUCAGCGUGGGAUUAGGUCUUCUCCUGAUCAGAACACGGAAACGUGUCUCCACCUGAGAUAGUGGAUACGGGUGCGAUGCUCCUCCUCUCAAACAGGCGUAUUAGAUGCGGGGUGAUCUUAAGUUAUCUCCUAGAAUUCUAUCUCCUCGUCCAGCAGCUAAAGGCGCUGAUUGCGAACCUGGAAGCGUUUUCCACUCAAGGGACGGAGAUUAUUCAAUUGAGUCGCCAAGUUGCUGUUGCGUUGGAGGGUCCCUUCGAGACAUUCCAACGACUGGCAUACUCGGCCCUUCCCCUUGUCUCAGCCCGCAUCGCACAGGAGCACAACAUAUUCCAAACCUUAAUCGCGAACAAGGAUGAGCCUACCAGCGUCACCGUCCUAUCAGAGGAGACUAAGACUAUCUAUCGACGCAGUUCAUGCCCCGUUGGUUUCUACACCUAUCUCGAGUCUCACCCUGUCCAGGGCGCCGCGUUCCAUAGGUUUAUGGAGGCUCAGUUUGCAUCGCUCCCUACUUGGCUUGAUGUCCUCCCGUUCGACACUGAAUAUGCCGCUUCCGCUACUCCCGAGACCCUAAUUUUCGUUGAUCUAGGCGGCGGAAAUGGCCAGCAAUAUGUAGCGCUCCGGAAGAAGUAUCCAGCUCUUCAGGGCCGCAUCAUCCUCCAGGACCGGCCGGCCAUCCUCGAGAAGGCAAUCACCCCUGACAUCGUCGAGAGAAUGCCGUAUGACUAUCUAGGUGAACAGCCAGUCAAAGGCGCGUCCUAA